GCGCGGUAUAUUUAUAGUCUUUGUUAUUGUGAAUUGUGAAAUUGGGAGUUGAGAGAAUUUGAUUUGAAUUGUAUUCAAAGCUUCAAAUUUUCAACAAUGACUUCACGAAAGCGUUGCUACAAUGGAUUAAACAUGCAAAACAACAUAUGAUAUUAUUUUUCAUUUUAUUCGGCGUACUUUGUGGACAAAGAUGAAGCAAUUAGAUGUAUCAUCAAGGUUGAAAGAUUGAAGAAAGACGAAGACAAAGAUACUCAGUUAUAUUUCCAUGGCACUGAUCAUUCGUCUGCUCAGAAGAUUGUUGAGAAUGGAAUUAAAUUAUGUAAAGGCGGAUAAUGAGUGUAGAGCUGAAAAGAUAACCUACUAUAUACCUGGAGGUGAAUCAUCACAAAUGGAUGAAGAGGAUGGAUGCAAAAUUCAGAAGAAUACACAUGAUGUUCCUAUGAGCGAUUCUUCACUCCAGAACCAUCAAGAAUUACAAAUAAAGAAACGAAGGAAAGAGAGUGGGGAUAAUGUUAAUGUUCAAAGUAAUAUUUUGCUUGAUGUUGUGCCCACUGCCUCAGCAGAAGAAAUAGAGUCAGCAUUAUCCAAAGCAGGAGGAGAUGUGGAUGCUGCUGCACAGCAACUGUCGGGCUUGGAUGAUGAUGAUGAUGAUUCUGAAGAUUUACCUUCAUCUUCACUGGCAAAUGUCUCCGAGGCUCCUGAAACAAGGAAGUCAUCAAAUUUAAGUCUUCAAAGCUAUCAAGCAGAAAACUUGGAUUACAACCUGCCAAAACAGAAGUUCAACCAGGAUGCAACUUGAAGGCACCGUUGCGUGUGAGAUUUGAAGGGGAAGAUGGUGUAGGCAAUGGCCCUAUUCGAGAAUUUCUUUUAUGUGCCAUGAAAAUUGUUGAAGAAGGGCUUUCCAAAAACAAAAAGCCACUGGUCUUUUUUAUGGUGAAGACAAUCAUUUACUGCCUGUACAUGAUCAAGCAUUCAGAUGCACGGGUGUUUUUAAGGCAAUU